AAAUCGAAAGCGCGCGAGCCGCGCACGUUAAUUUCUGGCCGGAAUGUUGACGAGAUCGUCAUUCUUAGGAGUCUGGAAGCACAACCGGUGGAAAAGAAACUACUGCACGGUCUGUGCCGGACCGUCCAAAUCCGCUAUCAUUCUGACCAACAGUAUUAUCACGAAGCGAGCCAAAAGCGGCCAACUCGAAGAAGCACGGCAGCUGUUCGACGGAAUGCGUGAGCGGUCCGUCGUCUCCUGGAACGCCAUGAUUUCUGGCUACGCCGAAUGGGGAAAGUACAGCGAAGUUUUCAGCUUGGUGUGGUCAAUGCACCGCAGCAACACGAAGCUUAACGAGUCCACUUUCUCUUCAGUUCUCAGCGUUUGCGCUCAUUCGGGGUCGUCCAGCGAGGGAAAGCAAGUUCACGGACUGGUUUUGAAGUCCGGGUGCGAAAGUUUUAAGCUUGUUGGGAGCGCUUUGCUGUAUUUCUACUCGAGUUCUUGCGAAAUUGAAGAGGCAAGGAGGGUGUUCGACGAAUUGCAUGAGAGAAAUGAGCUGCUUUGGAGCUUGAUGCUCGUUGGUUAUGUACAGUGUAAUCUACUGAAUGAUGCUUCAAGAUUUUUCAACAAGAUGCCAAGCCAUGAUGUUAUUGCUUGGACUACAUUGAUUUCGGGAUACUCUAAAACCGAAAAGGGUGCUCAAAAGGCUUUGGAGUUAUUCAUAUUGAUGAGAAAGAGUGGAGAUAUCACACCAAAUGAAUUCACUUUGGAUUGUGUCAUUAGGGCUUGUGGUCGACAGGGCGUUUUGCGAGUGGGAAAGGCUCUUCAUGGGCUGGUAGUCAGAGGUGGUUUCGAACUGGACAGUUCGAUUUGUGGAGCACUUAUUGAUUUUUACUGCAAUUGUUUGGUCAUGGAUGAUGCUAAAAGAGAAUACAGCCAGCUGGUAAAUCCUUGCUUGAAUGAUUCGAACGUGUUGAUUGCAGGUCUUGUCAUGGCUGGCAAGAUUGAAGAAGCUGAAUUGAUUUUUAAUGGGUUGAUUAAUAGAAAUGCAGUGUCCUACAAUCUGAUGAUAAAAGGGUAUGCUUUGUGUGGUCGAGUUGAGGAGUCAAACCGGGUGUUCUCUGAAAUGCCAGAAAGAACUUUAACUUCCACAAAUACUAUGAUAUCAGUGUAUUCCAGGAAUCGCGAGACUGAAAAGGCUCUGGAGCUUUUCGAAGAAACUAAAGGAAAACGAAAUUCAGUUACUUGGAAUUCAAUGAUUUCAGGCUACAUUCAUAAUGAUCAACAUGAAAAUGCACUAAAACUGUAUCUGGAAAUGCGUCGGGUACCAAUAAGCCAGACCAGAUCGACCUUUUCUGCCCUGUUUCAUGCAUGUUCCUGUCUCGGGUCUCUACAGCAAGGGCAACUUAUUCAUGCCCAUCUGAUUAAAACUCCGUUUGAAACCAAUGUUUAUGUCGGGACAGCCCUUGUGGAUAUGUAUUCCAAAUGUGGAACCAUAGCCGAUGCUCAAGCAUCAUUUGCUGGCAUUUCUUGUCCCAACGUAGCAGCUUGGACAGCUCUGAUCAAUGCAUAUGCACACCACGGGCUUGGCUUUAAGGCGAUCUCGCUCUUUGAGCAUAUGUUGGAGCAAGGGGUACACCCAAACGCAGCAACCUUGGUAGCGGUACUGUCUGCCUGUACACAUACAGGUAUGGUCAGUGAGGGCAUGAGGAUUUUCCAUGAAAUGGAAGCUCGUUUUGGUAUAACCCCCACUCUGGAACACUUUACAUGCAUAGUGGAUCUCCUUGGUAGAACAGGCCAUCUCCGGGAAGCUGAGGAGCUAGUGAAUGAAAUGCCUGUUGAGCCCGACAAGGUACUACUCAUAGCUCUUCUCAACGCUUGCUGGUUCUGGGCAGACAUGGAAGUUGGCGAGAGGGUUGCAGAGAAAAUGUUCUCUUUCGACCCCAACCCCGUGUCGGGCUGCAUUAUCAUGUCGAACAUGUAUGCUGGAUCGGGAAGGUGGAGGGAGAAGAUGCAGGCGAGGAAGGCGUUGAAAGGAUUGGAAGCGAAGAAGCCUCCUGGUUGUAGCUGGAUAGAGUAGAGCAGAAGCUGCAGCAUGCCCAGUGGGCACCCCACAAGGUUCGGAGACUGACACCACAGUUAUCCGACCAAGAUUCAUUAACUACGUUGUACAAAUCGAAACUAAUAAACUAAAUAUAGGAGUAAUUUACGAACCGCAAGAACAAGAUCGUGGCUCAGAAGCCCAUAAGCCAUCCAAAGUGAGCUGGUCACGAACGAAAAGAAAGACAAGUAGAAUGGCAUAUAUUCCACGCUCUUUGUCUUUAUCACUCGCUUCUGCAUGCCACGUGUACAAUAAUGUUAGUACGUAUUUAUGCAUGCCACGUGUACAGUAAUGGUUAGUGUUUAUUACUUUUAUUUCCCAAAAAACCUACUUUAUUGGGUGAA